CCAAAAGGAAUAAGAGAAAACGUAAGAGUUGCUUAAACCAUAAACCUCAAACAACAACCAAGCUGGUCCAAGCAACAACAAGAGACAGAACUUGGUUCCACUUCUCUCCCCUCCCCCCACUAAUAUCAAGUUCUUCUCUUCUCACGACAGUAAACAUAAAGAUUUAGUUUUUGGAUGAUUUGGAGAUACAAGUGAGAAAGACCAGAGAGGAUGAAGAUUCAGUGCAACGUUUGUGAGGCGGCUGAAGCGGUGGUUCUAUGUUGCGCCGACGAGGCUGCUCUGUGUUGGUCUUGCGACGAGAAAAUUCACGCUGCUAAUAAACUCGCCGGAAAACAUCAGAGAGUCCCUCUCACUGUCUCUUCCUCUUCCAUUCCCAAAUGUGACAUUUGUCAGGAAGCUUCUGGAUUCUUCUUCUGUCUGCAAGAUAGAGCUUUACUAUGUAGGAAAUGUGAUGUUGCAAUCCACACUGUGAAUCCUCAUGUUUCAGCUCACCAGAGAUUUCUUCUGACUGGAAUCAAAGUUGGUCUUGAAUCUAUAGACACUGGUCCAUCCGCAAAAUCCUCACCAACCAAUGAUGAUCAAACCACCAUGGAGACAAAACCAUUUGUUCAAUCUAUAUCUGAGCAUCAAAAGAUGACCUUUGAUCAUCAGCAAGGAGUUUUACCGGAAAGUAAAGUCAGUGAUCAGAUUUCGACAAAGCUUCCUUUUGCAAGCAGCGGAUCAGCUACUGGAAGCAUUCCUCAGUGGCAAAUAGAGGAGAUUUUUGGGCUAACCGACUUUGAUCAGAGCUAUGAGUACAUGGAGAACAAUGGAUCAUCUAAGGCUGAUUAUAGUAGACGAGGAGAUUCAGACAGCUCUUCGAUGAUGAGAUCCGCAGAAGAAGAUGCAGAAGAUAACAUUAACUGCUUGGGAGAUGAGACAUCAUGGGCUGUUCCACAGAUUCAGUCGCCACCUACAGCUUCUGGUCUAAACUGGCCUAAGCAUUUUCACCACCACUCAGUGUUUGUCCCAGACAUAUCUUCUUCUACUCUUUACACCGGUUCAUCCCCUAAACAAAGGGUUGGGAAACGGCGGCGGCGAUUCUAACCACUGCAACUAUCUUCUGGCCGUGUGAGGAAAGAGAUCGGCAGCUUUCUCAGUAGAUCACAUGAAUGAUUUGCAAACUUGUACUGUAGUUGGUCUGUGAGGGUCGAAUUUCUUUGUUCUCUGUUAGCUGAAAGACAACACAAAGAAAGGUCGUUUUCUGAAAUAUGUUUAGUUGGUUGAAGGUUAUAAGGAGAGACUUAUUAAUUAUAAAAUUAUCAUUUUGGCUUAAUAAGAAUCAAGUUAUUAGAAAA